GACAGGAGGAGUACAGAUGCGUCAUCUGCGAGCGGGUAUACUGCUCGCGUAACUCCCUGAUGACCCACAUAUAUACCUAUCAUAAGAGCAGACCCGGCGACAUUGACAUUAAGUUCUUUUGAAGGUUUAGAUAAGGUACGGGCAACGGGAUGCAUCCAGCACCGUCGACGCCUCCCUCUGCCAUGUACCGGAUGCCACCGCCCACGGCCGGUGGCAUAAACGAGCCUCAGGAAUGCCCGUACUGCCGUCGCAACUUCUCGUGCUACUACUCCCUGAAGCGUCAUUUCCAGGAUAAGCACGAGCAAUCGGACACCCUCUACGUGUGCGAGUUCUGCAACCGCAGGUACCGUACGAAGAACUCGCUCACCACGCACAAGAGCCUGCAGCACCGCGGCAGCAGCGGCAUGCUGAAGAGGCUGCUGAAGACAACGGCGAUCAAGAACGUUCUUGGCAGCAUGCAGCAGGCACAGAUGCAACAGCAGCCGCAAUGAAAAUGUCGGAACCGUCUUACACAGUCACCCCGUCCUCCCGGACUCUCAGCAUCGUCGUGCUCAUCAUCCUCAUCGUCCGCCUUCUCGUCUCCGCGCGAUCCACCGUCGCCGAUCCUCGCGGACCAAGGCAGCGCGAAACGCGACGCGUCACCUGCUCGUCGCCAUCCAGUUCGACGCUUCGAAAGAAGCUACCGUUCGGCGUCUUCCGCGAGGCUCGAAGCAAGUUGCUCGGCGUCUUCGUCGCCACUCGGGAAGGUCGCCACCGAUUUCGAGGGAAAUCACAUCCGAGAGAAGUUAGUUUCGAGAGAAGUUACUCUCGUUUGUUCCGUGAAAGUUCGGAGAUUCGAGGGAGGAAGAGAGAAUGGCUCCUCCUUGAUGGCUUCCUCCCCCUCGCGCUCCUCCAUCGAGGAAUCAGCUUCGCGUACCGUGAAUUUUCCAGUUCCCCCCGAGCCAAGACUGCGACCGAAUCUAAAGAAGAAAAAGGAAAGAAUCGACCCAGACACGUAGCUUCGCGAAAAUUUUCGAGAGUGCCGAGAUAUACAUUCCACUGCGUCGGGGCUUGACCAAGGUCUUGGACGCAGCGACUAACGCAUUGAAACGCUCGUUUCGUCGAGGGACUGGUUCAAAUGGGGAGGUCGCAUCGGGCAACGUAUCGCAGAGGCAAAGUUUCGCGUUUCUCCUGUCGUGUGCAACCUGAGUGUGAGAAAAAUAACAAAACAAUUGUUCGUUUACGAUCUCGGCUAAUUCUCCGCACGCUAAAAGUUCAAGAACUCAUUCUUACAGUUCUGCUGCGAGGAUGAUAGUGAUAACUUUCAAAAUCAACGUUUCGAGAGGCGCUGACCUCUUCCCUCGUUUCAAUUUACGAAUUUAGAAGAUCCACUUACGGUUAAACAAGAGAAUAUUAAAGAGAGUCAGUGAUCAAGUAGAGCAAAUCGAAAUUAGUCAGACGUCCGUUGCUGGAAGCUUUGCCUAUGCGAUGUACGCGUGUCUGCCGACUCUCUCGAAUCGAUCCCAGAAAUCAUGUCAAUUUACAAAUAUCGUCUUCUAGUAACCGUGCUGGACGAAGCAUUUCUUCAAUGGUUUCGAAUCGCGAAGACUGUCUCGUUCGAGGAGCGAGUGUGCGUGGGUUUGCUUGUACGUCUCUGUCGGUAGUUUAGCACGCGCGCGUCUUUAGGACGAGAGAGGAAGGGUUUGAAAUCGAAACUCUGAAAUCGACUCUUCGAAAUCGUGGCCCCGAGAGUCUUAGGCCUAAGUGAAAUUCAAUUACAAAGUCUAUACAAAAAAUAAAAUGUGCUCAAAUUUCGGGAAACCGGGCAGGCGAGGGCGAAACGAAGAGAGGUCUUGGAGCGGGGAAAGGAAUUAGAUUUCCGUGCGAAAUUUUUAUCGAAGUACGAAGGUAUGGUGCGCAGAGCAGGAUAAACGGAUGAAAAGGAAGGCAAAAGAGAGACGAAGGAGACGAUGGGGAGAGAGGGGGGAGGGGAGGGGAGGGAGGAGAGGCGUUAGAAAAGAAAAAAAGUGCAAGUAGAAGAUUAGAUAAUCAUCAGCUCUUGAGAAGAGGAAGAUGAUGAAGAAGAAAAAGAAGAGAAAAAGAAACCGUGUACAGGUCCGUCGUGCGCGCAAAUUACAGACUAUAUUUUUAACUCUUUAAAAGUAAUAUUUUGAACUGUACAUAUAUUAUAUUCGUACGAUAUUGAUAACGAUGAUAUUCUCUUGUUCAGGUUUUAUAAGAGUGGAGGUGGAACGAAUGCGAAGAGUUGCGAAAAAAAGGGGAAAGAAAAGAAAAGAAAAGAAAAGAAAAGGAGAACGGAGAUAGUUAAGACGUAGAUAGAACCACGCGGCUGGACACAGGGCAGUGUGCCAGGCUUCUUCGCGUCUUUUCUUGAUUUCGUUUCGUUCGCGUUUCCACGCGUUUCGAUCAGCGAAUGUGCAAUAUUACCAGUAAGAGAGGGAGAGGGUAAAUUUUUUUGGGGGGGGAGAGUCGGUUCGCAUUCUUGGAAGACACAAUGAUUCCACCAUUGAGAAAACGUUGUUCUCAAAUUCAAGGCGACCAACUUGUUUUUCCGUCUCGGUCUUUUUCGUUCUUUCCUUCGUAUCUUUCAUUCGAUCGAAAGUGAUCGUUUGAACGAGGGAAGAGCUUGGAGAGAAAGUCGGAGAGCAGAGAUCCAAUUAGGCCAAAGAAAAGAUAUACGGGGGUUUUAUAUGGGAAGGGGAAACGAUUUGCCGCGGGAUUGUCCCGACCACUGCCCUGUUCUUUCAGAUCUUCGACACGCAUCCAUGCUAUACAAAAGUGUGAAAAAAGAGAAAAGAAAAGAA